CCUUGAACUUCAUUUCACCGUUGCUUGCCUCAUAAAAUACACCCUUAAGGUAUCCAGCUAAUUGAAGUAUCGUGUUUGGGAUUUUUGGUGCAUGUGAACAAUGUUGUGAUCGUUGGAACUGUGAUUGUUUGUGCUGAUUUGAUUAUUGUAUCAUUUGUUCGAGAUGACUACUGUACAUCGGAUGAUAUGGAUACUAGUGGUAUAUUUAUACAUCGAGAGAGGUUGUUGCCAAGAAGGUUACCUCAACCAAGAUCUGCUCCGACUACAACAGUAUUCUAUGAAUGAUGGACAAGUUGAAACCAUAACAGGUUACAGUACCAACUUUGUACAAAGAGAACCAAAUAGUCAAUUAUCUUCAGUAGGAGCACAAUAUCUAACUGACGAUGGUUACAGUAACGGAGAAUACAGUCGAGCUGGAAGAAGCAAAAAGGUUUACAGAAUAAAAAAUCCUUUUCAACACCAGGAAGAAGAAAGAUCCCUACAAGAUACUAAUACUUCACAGGAUAGUGGAGCAGCUGCCAGUAGUCAGUAUGCAGCACUGCAGUACUCGUUACCACCUGAAGAUUUCCUCCAGCAAAUGAGAGCAGAGAGCCAAUACCACCAACAACAGCAACAACAGUACUCCACACCAAUCACCGCUUCACCAUACACAGCCACUCCACAACCGCAAUACCAGUAUUCCACGCUACCAGCGUCAAAUUAUGACGCGAAUCAACAAAUAAAUCAAAUUUCUACAGUAGAACCUAAAUCAUUUACUCCAGCAUAUCAAUCUAAUACGAACGCUUAUCAAUCUAACACAAAUGCGUAUCAAUACAACAAUCAACAAUAUAACCAAGAAAAUGCACAUAGUACACCUCUACCACCCUACAUGUCGACAUCGUUGCCAAGUAAUCAAUAUUUAGGGACACCCGUCAACAAUUAUGUGUCAAGCUCAUCUUCUUUAUAUGUUUCUAGUCCACAAACUGCACAGCAAUACGUAUCUUCUCCAUUUUCGAACACAGGUAAUUUUGAUUAUAACAAUAGAGUAACAACUGCGGGAAGUAACUCUCUUAGUUAUGAUAGCAACAACGAUUUGAGCAAAAGAAUGCAAAUAGAUCAUUAUGACAAUGCCGCUAAUGGAAUACGAUAUCCUAGUGUGCAUGGUCAAUAUCAAACUGAUUUUCCUUCAACGACUGUGUCACCAACCUCAACGCCCAAUAAUGAAACUCCACGUGAUUUUUGGCAUAGUUCUUUGAAUUCUGGUUACAGUGCAUUAUCAAAGCCAGAACAAAACUAUCAAACACAAUAUCAAAAUUAUAGAUACAAUCAACAAGAAGGCAGGUAUGACACAGAUAGUUCUAACAAUGAUAACCAUAGAAAUGGUAAUUUACCUUCAGCGAAUAAUUUGUAUUUAAAUUACGUUCAACCUGAUUACCAGCUUCUGAAUAACUUAAAAGAACGUGCUAGAGAAGGUAAAACAGAAUUAGGCCAACCAGAAGUUUACUCUCUUGGUGAUUACGGCUGGAGGUUAUCUGAUAAAAAAUCUUCACUAGAGCCAGAAAUUUCAACCAAUAUGAAUUUCUUUAAGUACCAAAUUCACAGUGUACAGCCUGACACUGGAGCUGUAAGUCAAGUUUCUUUUCAAAUGGAUUCUAGGAAACCUUAUACUUAUGACCAGAAUAGUAAGCCAGUUACAGAAAAAACAGAUGCAGAAGAAUUCACGAAGGCAGCUGCCAAAGCACAUGAGAAUUAUAAGCAACAACAAAUAGAGGCCAAUAAAUAUCUUACGAAUUCGCAAUAUAACAGCAAUUUGUUAGCAAACAGUUAUGCCAUUAAUUCAUAUCAUAAUAACGAAAAACAAAGAAAUAAACAAUACAAUGAUAAUUCAAAUUCACAAGGACAUGAACUUGUUACAGCAUCUCCAUACUUUUACAUAAAUCCUAAGGAUACUUCAGAUAGUUCACACAAGCAACCCUUUGAUCAUGAUAAAGCUUUAAAAAAUAUUGUUCCAAUUGAUGUUACAAAUGUCGUACAGAAUUCUGAUUCUCUUGCAAAAUACGAAAUUGAUUUUAACAAUAGGUACAACUUCCCUGGCUUCAAUAAGGAUUCAGAACAAAAUUUAAAGCCUUAUUCGAGACCUGAUCCAUAUAACAGGGAUAGAGACACCAUGUAUGCAUUAAACUUAAAAUCUAAAUUAGACGAUUCCUUAGACAAACUUAAACAAUUUGAGCAGAGUUUACCAUACUAUGCAAAAUCUCAAACACCAGAAUCUGUUUAUAAUUAUGGAUCUAAUUCAGGGAAUAAACGUUAUGUUAGCGAUUCACAACAAUCAAACUUUGUUAAUCAAAAUUCUAACAACCACCAAGAUAACACACAUUCAUCAGCAAAUAUUCAUCAGCAUGGUAUACAAAGACCACAAUUUUCAUCUGACAUUUUGAAGUUUAAUGAUAUACCAUAUAGAUUAACACCAACUUUACAUAAUAACUUUGAUCAAACCCAUAUACCAACUCCUUUGCCUUUACGAAUUAAUCAAAACGUAGAUAAUCAUAAUGUAGAUAUUACUGCCGAAAUACUUGCAAAAUUGCUAUCAAAUAAACACAAUCUAAACAGACCCGAUAUUGACUCUCAAUCUCACAAUUUAUUAUCAACAAUAAAUGGUUUUAGAGUAGCCAACCCCUUUAAUGUAGAUCUUAAAUUAGUCGCAGAAAUGUUAAAAGGCAAACCAGCCAUUGAUGAUAGUCAAAUGAAUUCUUUUCGAGGAGAUAUCAAUAAACCGUUGCCAAUGAAGUUUGACAUAUCUCAACUAAUGCAGUUCAAGAAUGAAAAUAAUGUAUUGCCAUCAGGUAGUGGUCUUGGUUCCUAUUUAGAUAUUUACAAUAGCGGACGACUACCUUAUCAGGGUGUUAAAUAUUCACGAAGUGAAGAAGACACCGAGAAUAUUCCUAUAGCGGACUCUUCGAAUAGUCAUCCCAUAGGAGCAGUUGUAGAAGAAGAUGCAGUAACUGGACAAGACGUAACUGAACUAUCCGACAAUGCUGAGGACACAAUAUCAACAAAUACUGAUGAUGAAAAACCCAAGAAUUUAUUUGGCCCAAGACAAAAAACAGUCGGAGACAGGCAUAGACAUUUGAGUAGCGCAUACUUAAGCCGGCACUCCUACAAAAGGAAAUAUCCUAAAUCAGAAGUUGAAGAACCGUAUCCAUUACUGAAACCUCCUCCACCUCAUAGUUCACGAUACAGAGGCCAUACAAAAGAUAAAAACAGUCAUAGAAGAAGAGUUAAUAAACCUAAAAUGCUUCGAGUUUACAAAUCAGAACCAUUAUUCGAAAGUGACGAUAUUUCCCAUCUCGGUAGCCUAAAGCGGUCUCUUAAUGUAGCAGAAGAAAAAUCUGAUGUGGUAGAUGACGAGAAAAGUUCGUAGAAGUACUUUCAAUAGAUCUUGGUUAACUUCAUUUUGUGUACAUACAUAUAUUGAAUAAGUCAAUUCAACUACGACAUACAAUAAGUUUCAAGUCAAAGUAUUCCUGAAUAAGGUCUUUAAUUUCGUCUAGUAUUAAUCACAAUAAGAUACAUUAUUAUAUUGGUAGAACUGUAUUGCAAUAAUGUAGUCUUACUUUAAAUAGUUUUUAAUAAUAAUUUCUAAACGAUAUUCGGUGCUAUAAAAUAUAACAUAUAAUAGCAUACUGAUAAUGGCAUUUAUUAACAAAGUUUUGUUGUUGUAUAAAAUAAGCUUUAUUUAAGUUAAAAAUAGAACCUACUUACAAAAUUUGUAUUAAUUAACAUCGUGUAAAUAUUGAAUUAAUUAAUUGUUAUCUAGUAUAAGCAUUUUUAAUAUUAUUAUUGUGAUAAGUUUUAUAGUAUGUUGUUAAAAUGUUGCUUCGUUAGUUUAAGUCAUUGUUUUUAAUAAAAACACCACAGUAAA